CGCGCGGCAGGGGCGGGACUUUGUUAACCUGGUCAAAUGUAGCCGAGUGUGUCAUGAAGUAGUUCUUCUGCCCCGGUUUCUGUUUGUUUAUUGUUCUGCACUGUAGGAAUGUUCAAAUGUCUGAGGAUCAGGAAGCCCAGGACGAUGAACUUCUGGCUCUAGUGAGUAUUUAUGAUGAGGAGGAGUUCCGUCGAGCCGAAUCGGGCCGGGAAGGAGAAAUCCAUCUGUGUCUCGAGCUUCCCUGCGGCUUCAAGCUGCUGGUCAGCGGGGAGAACUCUGUGGAGUACGACGUCUCGUUUCUGCCUCCCCUGGUGUUGAAUUUUGAGCUUCCUGACGAUUAUCCUUCCUCAUCACCACCGGUGUUUACAUUGAGCUCCAAAUGGCUCUCCAGACUCCAGCUGACGUCUCUGUGUAAGCGUCUGGAUGACCUGUGGCAGGAGAAUCAGGGCAGCGUGGUGCUCUUUACCUGGAUCCAGUUCCUGAAGGAGGACGCGUUGGACUUCCUGAGCCUGCAGUCUCCUCUGGAAAUCCAUAGCAGCAGCAGCAGCAGCAAACAUUCUCUUCCGGAGCAUGGGAGGAGCGAUGGUGCCACCAAGCGAGCCGAGAACACAGGAGCUGAGAAGAAGAAGGUGGCAGAGCUGGACUCCCGGGCUGUCCUGGAGCUCGAGCCCCAUGCUGACCUGCUGCGUCAGCUCCUGGACUUUGACGAAGCUCAGAGGCAGAAGGUUUUUGACAGUAGGGUGUUCUCCUGUGGGAUCUGCUUCUCGGAGAAGUUGGGCUCCAGCUGCAUGCUCUUUAAGGAGUGUCAGCAUGUUUACUGCCAGAUCUGCGUCAGGGAGUACUUCCAGAUCCAGAUCCGAGACGGAAAAGUCCAGUGCCUUACCUGCCCCGAGCACCAGUGUACGUCUGUAGCUACGCCCUCCCAGGUGAAGCUUCUGGUUGGAGAAGAAGAGUUUGCACGUUACGACCGCUUAUUGCUGCAGAACAGUCUGGACCUGAUGGCGGACAUCGUGUACUGUCCUCGCACUUCCUGUUGCAUGGCUGUGAUGCUGGAGCCCAACACCACCAUGGGCCAGUGUCCGUCCUGCCGCUACGCCUUCUGCACGCUGUGCAAACGCGCCUACCACGGCCUCUCGCACUGUCCUCCAACCGUCCAGGAGCUCCAUAACCUGCAGGAGGAGUACAUGGCCAGCUCUGAGGUGGAGAAAAAGUUCCUGGAGCAGCGUUUUGGGAAGCAGGUGAUCCAGCGUGCUGUAGAGGAGGCCUUCAGCAGGAAGUGGUUAGAGGAGAACUCGAAAAACUGCCCUCGCUGUGGCUUCCACAUUCAGAAGAUGCAGGGCUGCAAUAAGAUGACCUGCUCCUCCUGUCACCAGUACUUCUGCUGGAUCUGCCUGGCUCCUCUGUCUCGAGUCAACCCCUACAGUCAUUUCAACAAUCCCAACAUGCCCUGCUUCAAUCAAUUGUUCCAUGGUGUAGAAGAUGAUGAAGAGGUUUGGAGUGAUGAAGAUGAGUGAAAUUGAGGCGUUCGAGUGGUGCAGUAACAGCUGCUACCUGCUGUACAUGUCCUCACUUUACAUCUGGUUUUAUUUUCACAUCUAAUUAAUGAUCACUCCAGUAAACUAGAUGAAGAUCUGAGAGGCAGCAUGAUGUUCUGUAUUUGAGAAGAAGCAGGCAGAGCCCUUCCUGAAGAUCUUUCAGUAAAUUUAGGAGUGCAUGAAAUUUGGAACUGUUCUUCAUGUUCUCUCUUCCAGGUUUAUCCAUAAAUAUAUAAAUAUUCUGUUAGGAAGUUCUUGGUUCCGUAUUAAAAUUAUAUAUUUCUGUGACAAAGUUUUAUUGAAAACACAGAUAUCUGCAGAAAUGUUCUCCUGCUUGCCAGAAUAAAGAGCGUGAUGAGACAUGUA